AUGGAGUUGUCCCAACCUGUCUUUGAUUCCAGGAUCGAUAGCAGCUCGACUUCCGGCAUUGAUGAGCUAGAGGAGCAAGCAGAACGGGAAAACAGGGACAGAGGCAAUGAGUUCCACUGCCAUCCAUUACUUCAGUUAAGUGCACGCCUUCCGGUAAAGGAAGUCCGGGGAAUGCCAUCAAGUAAGAAAGCAGCAAGUUCAGUCUUUUCAGGUUUUUCCGAUAACACGUUGUGGCCGCAAGGACCAUCUCACAUCGAGACAACAAAUUUCUUACUGGUAUUUGAGAAUGCAGUUAAGGUGGUUAAUGCUCCGCGAGUGAUAGCUAGGCCAAGAGAACCCUUUCCCCGAUACCAUGUCAGAUCUGGUGAGAGUGAGGUACUGAAGGGCGCCAACAAUGCUACGAUAUUCUGUUGCAUCAGAGAGAGGCCUCGUAUGCAGAGAGCUUUGAGCCAGACGCAAGGGGUGUGGGACAUGGCUUGGAGUCUUGCAUAUGAGUGCGAGGAAAGAGCCUCGCUCCUAGCCUCUAGACUGAAACUUCACCUUCAAGCAAGGCUUGAGAGCAAAGGAACCUGGGUACGGUCGAAUAAUCCAACCUUGGCUUGCUUGCCUGAGCCUGCCUUGCAUACUGAUUUCCGUUGGUUCUUGGUUUUGGUAAGGUUUUCCUCUUCAAGUAGUAAGGCUUUGCAUUCGCAGGAACUAGCCCGUUGCGGUAACAUCGUUCAGAGUUCCAGUUCGGAACCGAGCGUCAACCAAGGGCCAGAGAGGAAUGGUGCGGAUGCCGGACCUUCUGGCACACCAAGCUCCUCCUCAUGGGAGGAAGAUUCAUUCGGAUUACGGGUCCUUGAGGAGUCGUCUUAUGGCACAGACACAUCAAGAGAGGGCCCGCUGGAGCAGGCGGCUAUACCUUUUCCUCCUGCUAAUCCAGUCGCUUCCCCGGAGGCGGCUCAAGAGGCGCUUCCGCAAGCGCCAGCACCCGCUGAAGCUGCCCAUCCCGUUCCUAACCAAGAGGAGGUUGCGGCACUCAGAAGGGAACUUCAUGUCUUAAUCCAAGAACAGAUUCGUGCAGAAUCCGAAAGGGGGCGGGGUCCGCUGUCCACUCAGUUUCCGGAACAGAGGGAAUUCAAUUCUGAAGCCGCCCACAAUCUAAUGGCGCAGCUGGAGCUCUCUGGGGAGACUGACACGGAUAGUCUCCGCGAAUGGGCGGAGAGAAUAAGAGGAGAUCCAAGUCUCCUCAAACCCCUUAUUGUACCUGUAAUUGUGAUCCGUUUGCCAGAACCGAGGGGUCUUUCUGUGGAAACCUCCACGAACAAUCGUCGUUUUUUGAUGGUUUUUCCGCUUCUCACAGCUGCUCUUUUCACACCUCCGGAUAUCUGGUGCCAAAUCGUCGCCCGUUUCCUUAUUUCUUUGAUAAUAGAGUUGGCUAUCUUUGUGGCAUCGAUUGUACAAGUUCGUGAAGAGGCUCGGUUGUCUUUCUGUUGUGUUCCUGGAAUAAUGGUAUACAAGAAUAGAUUGCCUUUUAGGAGUGGAAUUGGGUACCUGUCCCAAGGCGUACUUCCUUGCCUGAUCAUGGUCAAAGCCGAAAGACUACUAUUGAUCGAUUGCCUUUUCCUGACGGAGUUGCUCGAUGCCCUUGCUUUUGACCGCGAAAGCGCACUUCCAACUCUCAGCUUUCCUUUGAUCCCUUCCCUUGAGAAUCUUACAAGCUCGGAUCUCGGUUUUCCUUUCUCUCGAGCUGCUUCUCCGAUCCCUUAUCCGUUAACGGAACCAUGGCAAUUAGGAUUUCAAGAUGCAGCGAGCCCUAUGAUGCAAGGAAUAAUGGACUUACAUCACGAUCUCUUUUUCUUCCUCAUUCUGAUUUUGGUUUUCGUAUUAUGGAUCUUGGUUGGCGCUUUAUGGCAUUUCCACUAUAAAAAGAAUCCAAUCCCGCAACGGAUAGUUCAUGGAACUACUAUUGAGAUUCUUUGGACCAUUUUUCCUAGUCUCAUCCUUAUGUUCAUUGCUAUACCAUCAUUUGCUCUCUUAUACGCAAUGGACGAGGUAGUAGUAGAUCCAGCCAUUACUAUGAAAGCUAUUGGACAUCAAUGGUAUUGGACUUAUGAGUAUUCAGACUAUAAUAGUUCCGAUGAAGAGUCACUCACUUUUGACAGUUAUAUGAUUCCAGAAGAUGAUUUAGAAUUGGGUCAAUUACGUUUAUUAGAAGUUGACAAUAGAUUGGUUGUGCCAGCCAAUAGUCAUCUACGUCUUCUUGUAACAUCUGCUGAUGUACUUCAUAGUUGGGCUGUCCCUUCCUUAGGUGUCAAAUGCGAUGCUGUACCUGGUCGUUUAAAUCAGAUCUCUAUUUUGGUACAACGAGAAGGAGUUUACUAUGGUCAGUGCAGUGAGAUUUGUGGAACGAAUCAUGCUUUUAUGCCGAUCGUCGUAGAAGCUCUUUCUUUGAAAGAUUAUUGUGAUUGGGUAGACAUUCAUCAAUUUUAA